AUGGAUGCUGAACAACGUUCAGGCGUCGGCGACAGUUCUCCGCACGCGGCUACGUACCGUUUGUCCCGAACGCUUGCCGGGCAUGCGGCUGACGUUCGAGCCGUUGCUGCCAUGUCGCGAGAACUAUUGAUAACAGGUUCACGGGACGGCUGCGUGCGACUUUGGCGCGGUAACGAACUGAACAGCUAUGGUAUUCGGGUACACGCUCCCCAUUAUGUUCAGGCGCUCGCGGUUUUGAGCAACGAAAUGAUAGUAAGCGGUUCCUCGGACAAAACUGUUGCCUGGAUUGACGUCAAUACAGAGCAGAUGACGCAUUUAGGCAAAGGGCACGGAGACGUCGUGAGCGCGCUGGCGGUAGCCCCAACGUCGACACUGGUGGCCUCUGGCUCCUGGGACCGAACGGUGCGCCUGUGGCGGGACGGCGAGAGUCUCAUGAGCCUCACUGGACACGACGCAGCGGUUUGGGCUCUUUUAUUUCUAAGCGAUACCGAAGUCCUCAGCGCUUCGGCGGACUGCAGCAUUCGUCUCUGGGAUGUUCGCAAAGGAGAGUGCGCCCAGGUGCUGUACGGCCACGACGAAGCCGUACGGGCCCUCUGCCGACUCGAGUUGAGCGCGCAUUCUAGAGGCAGUUUCGCAUCUGCUGGGAACGAUGGCUCAGUUAUUCUUUGGUCCAUGCAUGGUGAGCAAAUUCGUCGCUAUCCGAAUGUACAUGGCAGCUUCAUUUAUGCCCUUGCUGCUUUUCAAGAUAUGCUCAUCUCGGCUAGCGAAGAUCGAACCGUGCGCAUCCUGGACCUCCAGCAGCAGGAUGUCGUUCAAACGAUACCACAUCCCAAUACCGUCUGGAGUGUUACCAUGAUUCCUAAUGCUGACGGCGAUUUUCUAACCGGCUGUGCUGACAGUUGUGCGCGCGUUUGGACCCGCAUUCCGGAGAGGUCCGCGCCGGCAGAGCACGUUGCGGAAUACGAGAUGGCGCUGGCAGCGCAAAAAACGAGCAUGCACCAUCAGCAUCAGAUAGAUCCUUCCCAAGUGCCUGAUGCAGAAACGGCGCUAGCGCAGCCGGGCUUUCGGGACGGACAAACGCGGCUCGUGCGCAAGUCCGGAACCCUGGACGGCAUCGAAGUAUACAUGUGGUCGAUGUCAGCAGGUCGCUGGAUGAAGAUAGGUGACGUGACGGAUCCUCCUGGAUCGCCCGAGCGGCCUCUCAAGACAGGUUUUGACUACGUCUUCGAUGUUGAUGUUGAUGUCGACGGCAGUGCGCAUCGAUAUCGUCAGCUAGGGUAUCGACGUGGAGAGAAUCCGUACGUCGCUGCCGAGCGUUUUCUGGAAGAAGAACAUUUGCCGCGUACAUAUCUGGAACAGAUUGUACAGUUUCUUAUCACGCAUGUUCCCGCCAGCGACAUGCGUGCCGAUGCGGGCGCGCUGACGGAUCCGCUCACCGGCGCUGAUCGCUAUGUGCCACCCGCUGCGUCUUCUCUACCGCAAGGUCAUUCGGCGGGGAAUCUGCCGGACUGGAUACUGUUUCCUGGGACGGAUUCGUAUGAACGCAUCUUGGAACAUUUGCCGGAAAACGAUCGGUGUCGGUCGUUAUUCCAGACUUUGAAACCGCUUACAGCAGAGAAGGUGCGCAUGCUCAGUGCGCUCCUCGAGCGGACACCGCCCGCGCAGGCGGUAGCUGUUAUAGAUCUGGCGAGACUCGUCGUCCUAGAAAAUGAUGCGAUACAGAUACUUUUUGGAAAUGGUCAGCCGACAGUACUCGACAGUGUCCUACGUCAUGCAUCCAGUGCAGAAGCUUCUUUUGGAAUACACGUUUCUUCCUGUCGCUUCAUAUGCAACAGUUUCGUCCAUUGGCAGCGAGCCCCGGUGCGUGAGGCCUUGCUACGAUGUGCGGAUCUUAUUUUAGAUACGUUUACGAUCAUCGUGCAUAGCGAUACACCUGAGAAGCUCUGGCGGGCUUUCGCCGCAGUGUUGUAUAAUUACGCCGUUCUUGAGAGUCGAUGUGAUGCAGGGCGUCAAUCUGUCCGGUCGUGCGCCGAUCGAGUGCUGCAGAGUGCCUGUCUGCUCGGUUUUGCACGACCAGCUGGUGUCCAGGAGGCGUCUGAACUCACCGACGCCCUCUGGAUGCUCAUUCACGACGCUUCGCGGGCGCAGCUUGCGAUAUCCGCAGGUCUGUUGGAGUGGGAAGAGGUACCCUCUAAAAUCGCAGAGCGUAUCCGCAUGUUUGUCUAG